GCAAACAAAACAAACAAACGUAGAGAAAAGUGGGUCUUACCAUUUUGGACGGUUUGAUUGAUCUCAUGUUCAUGUGCAAACGAAGCUUUCUGGAUUGAACGUUCGCUUGCGUUUGGACUGGGUGCUACGUCCACCGACUACCAACGAAGAAGAAAGAAAGAAAGAAAGGAGAAUUUUGAAACCCUAGAAAAAGAGAAUGGCAGCGGCAGCGGCAGCGGCAGCAGCAGUUACCGCGAAUGGAGGGCCAUCCGCGAAUGGAGGAUUGCCGUCGAUCGAUGGCCCGACGAAUCCAAUGGUCACUCCCCUCCUUACAGAUCUCUACCAGUUCACCAUGGCUUAUGCUUACUGGAAAGCAGGGAAGCAUCAGGACCGCGCCGUGUUUGACUUAUUUUUCCGGAAGAACCCGUUUGGGGGUGAAUACACCAUCUUUGGUGGUCUAGAAGAAUGUAUCCGGUUCAUUGCUAAUUUCAAAUUGAGAGAAGAUGAGAUCUCUUUCUUACGCACCACCUUGCCUUCUACAUGUGAGGAUGCCUUCUUUGAUUAUCUUAGGGGAAUCGACUGCUCUGAUGUUGAAGUGUAUGCUAUUUCUGAGGGAUCUGUUGUUUUUCCUAAGAUACCCUUGAUGAGAGUUGAAGGACCAACUGCUGUGGUUCAAUUAUUGGAAACUCCAUUUGUGAAUCUUGUCAACUAUGCCUCACUGGUUGCUACAAAUGCUGCAAGACACCGAUUUGUUGCAGGGAGGUCCAAAAAUCUACUUGAAUUUGGGCUUCGUCGGGCACAGGGUCCUGACGGUGGAGUAAGUGCUUCAAGAUACAGCUACGUUGGUGGAUUCGAUGCAACAAGUAAUGUUGCAGCUGGAAGGAUAUUCGGAAUACCACUUCGAGGAACACAUUCUCAUGCUUUUGUUAGCUCAUUCAUGAGCCCCGAUGAGAUCAUAGACAAAACAAUCUGUAGUUGCGAUGGUUCAGUUACAUGUGAGGAUUUUGUCAGCCGGGUGCAGUCCUGGCUAAACAAACUUCAGUGGGCAGAGUCAUUGCGUGGCAUUUUUGGUGAGACCAAUCAAAGUGAGCUGGCAGCGUUUACCUCGUAUGCAUUGGCGUUCCCGACGAACUUUCUAGCCCUUGUAGAUACAUAUGAUGUUAUGAGGAGUGGAAUACCUAAUUUUUGUGCAGUUGCUUUAGCCCUCCGUGACUUGGGGUAUAAAGCAGCUGGCAUUAGGUUGGAUUCUGGUGACCUAGCUUACUUAUCUAUUGAGGCUCGCAAGUUCUUUUACACAAUUGAAAAGGAAUUUGGUGUUACUGGCUUUGGGAAAAUGACAAUUACUGCUAGUAAUGACCUGAAUGAAGAAACUUUGGAUGCUUUGAACAAGCAGGGACAUGAGGUAGAUGCAUUUGGAAUCGGAACCUAUCUUGUUACAUGCUAUGCUCAAGCAGCUCUUGGUUGUGUUUUCAAAUUGGUGGAGAUAAAUGGUCAGCCCCGCAUGAAGCUUUCUGAAGAUGUUUCUAAGGUCUCCAUACCAUGUAAAAAACGGUGUUACAGAUUGUAUGGGAGAGAAGGUUACCCGUUGGUAGACAUAAUGAGUGGGGAAAAUGAGCCACCUCCGAAGGUAGCAGAACGGAUUUUGUGCCGUCACCCUUUCAAUGAAUCUAAGAGAGCAUAUGUUGUGCCCCAGCGUGUUGAGGAGCUUCUGAAGUGUUACUGGGCUGGAGGUUCAGAUAAAGUAAGAGAAGUGCUACCGCCACUGAAAGAGAUCAGAGAUCGUUGCAGGCAACAGAUGGAUCAAAUGCGGUCAGAUCACAUGAGACGGUUGAAUCCAACACCUUACAAGGUGAGUGUCAGUGCAAAGUUGUACGACUUCAUUCAUUUCUUAUGGUUGAACGAGGCACCUGUCGGAGAAUUGCAGUGAGAGUAUCCACAUGGCAAAAGCGGCAAGAGCAAGAAAUAAGAAGGGUGAUGGUCUUAGUGAAAAUGGGAGGUCUGGGUUCUUCAUCAGAAGGGACCUGUUGGGCAUGUUCCUUGGGCACCUUUUGAUAAACUGAAAAAUAAGCUCUGAAAAUUAAUCUAAGUGCUGAAUUGUAAAUUUGAAGUUUAGGGAUACUUUAGUGGAAAGUGAAAAGAAAUUUUCAUACA